CAUGGCGGCGGCGGCGCCCUGCCGAGGCGCCUGAGCGCGUCAGGAGCGUCGCGUGACACUCCAGUCAUGGCGGCCGCGGGGCAGGCUGUGGGCAGCGGGGCUCAGGAGACAUGCGGUCUGGAUCGGAUUUUGGAGGCACUGAAGCUGCUGCUGAGCCCGGGAGGAUCAGGCUCAAGUUCACUACAGGUCACAAAACACGAUGUCUUGUUGGCUACUUUAAAAUCUAACCUGUCUGCUUUGAAGGACAAGUUUCUGAAGGAUCCUCAGUGGAAGAAUCUGAAACUCCUAAGAGAUGAAAUUGCUGGUAAGGCAGAAUGGCCACAAAACUCUGUGGAUGUCACUUGGAGUUUUACCUCUGAAACCUUGUUGUUGCUUUUGUGCUUGAAGGAAACCAUGCUCCUCCUUGCAGCUAAUUUCAAUCCAGGUAAACCCAACCCUAGGACUCCGGAAGUUGCUCCUGCCCUGAGUCCCGAUGCACUUAGUAUCUCACAGCAGAAGACUGUCCAGUUCGUUUUGCAGUUUGUAGUCACCUUGGGUAUUUGCCCCUAUCUCAUGCCUGGCGUUGGAGUCCCUUUGAGAUAUAGAACUGAGUUUGGUGCCGUCAUUCAAGACGUGGUGUGUCUCGAUGCUGCCCCUGAUGCAACUCGAAGACUGUACACCAGCUGCAGGGCCCUUCUAAACGUUGCUCAGCACACAUGUCUGGGAAGCUUGAUAUUCUGCCACCAUUUUGGGGAUAUUGCAGCAGGUCUGUGCCAACUGGGAUUCUGCCCAACCAAAAGAAAACUGCUAACAGCUGCAGAAGAGGUUCUAACUGAAGAGGAAAGAACCCUAUCCAGGGGGGCCUUGAGAGACAUGUUGGAUCAAGUCUAUCAGCCCUUAGCAGUCCGGGAACUGCUUAUCCUCCAGGGAGGACCACCCCAGUCCUGCACAGAUGUGAAGACACAGCUGAGGUGUCGGGCCCCAGCUUGGCUUCGGCGUCUAUGUGGACAGCUGCUCUCUGAAAGGUUAAUGAGGCCUAAUGGUGUUCAGGCAGUAGUCCGGGGCAUUUUGGAAGGAGCAGGUGCAGGGGCAGCUGGUGGAAGUGAUGCUGAGGCGACGGCUGCUGACUGGAAGAAGUGUGACCUGAUCGCAACGAUUUUGGCCUCUUGUCCCCAGCAGUCUCUUUCACCAGAGAGUUACUACCGGGACAUCUGCGCCCAGGUUCUGGAUUUAUUUCACUUUCAGGAUAAAUUGACAGCACGACAGUUUCAGAGAGUUGCCACCACUACCUUUAUAACUUUGUCAAGAGAACGCCCACAAUUGGCAGCAAAGUAUUUGCUCCAGCCAGUGUUAGCUCCUCUUCAUCGAUGUUUGAGUACAGCAGAGAUUCCAGAGAGUGACAUGGUACCAGGAACUAUUUUGGUGACAGAAGAAGAACUUAGUAGAUGCAUUGAGGAUGUGUUUAAGGUGUACGUGGUUGGGAAUGAACCUUUAACAGUUUUGAUGGAUUCUCUGCUUCCUGUCCUGGGAGUGCUUUUUCUUCUCUACUGUUUUACUAAGCAGAGUGUAUCUCACAUAAGGUCACUUUGCCAAGAAAUCUUAUUAUGGAUUCUGGGGAAGCUGGAAAGGAAGAAGGCAAUUGCCAGCCUGAAAGGAUUUGCAGGGUUGGACAAAGCUGUGCCCUCUCUCCAUUCUCUGUGUCAGUUUAGAGCUGCCACUCAAGGUGGCAUUAUGAUUACCAUCAAAGAGGCCAUUAGUGAUGAAGAUGAAGAUGAAGCUCUGUACCAGAAGGUAUCCUCAGAGCAGGGCCGGGUAGAGCAUCUCGGGGACUUGCUGUCCCACUGCCAGGAAUGCGGUUUGGCAGGAGACUUCUUCAUCUUCUGUUUGAAAGAGUUGACUCUUGUGGCCACGGAAAAUGAAACAGGGUUAAAAACUGAGCCCUUCUCCAGCAAGAGCCUCUUGGAAUUAGAGCAAUAUCAGACUCUUCUUGUGGAAGGCCAAGAGCAGAAGCUGCUUGUCCUGCAGCUGAUGGCUGUUCUGUGCGAGAGAAUGUCUGAGCAGAUAUUCACAAACAUCACUCAGGUGGUGGACUUUGUAGCAGCAACAUUACAGAGAGCCUGUGCAAGCUUGGCCCAUCGGGCAGAGAGCACCGUGAAAUCACAGACGCUGAGCAUGUCUAUGGGGCUGGUGGCUGUCAUGCUGGGAGGAGCUGUUCAGUUGAAGUCAAGUGAUUUUGCUGUUCUGAAGCAGUUGCUGCCUCUGUUGGAGAAGAUAUCCAACACAUACCCUGAUCCUGUCAUCCAAGAACUCGCUGUUGAUCUCCGCAUCACCAUCUCUACCCAUGGAGCCUUUGCCACUGAGGCCAUCAGCACGGCUGCGCAAAGUACACUGAACAGAAAAGAUCCGGAAGGGAAAAUAGAAGAGCAGCAACAAACCAGUCGUGAAAGACCCGCUGAUGUAGCUCAUAGCCACCUUGAACAACAGCAGAGCCAUGAGAUAGCCCCCCAGACAGGCCUGCAGUCAAAUGCUCCAAUCAUUCCUCAAGGAGUCAAUGAGCCCAGCACUACUACAAGCCAGAAAUCUGGAAGCAUAACCACAGAACAGCUCCAAGAGGUUCUUUUAUCAACUUAUGACCCUCAAAUUCCAACACGGGCUGCUGCCCUGCGUACUCUUUCCCGCUGGAUAGAGCAGAGAGAAGCAAAAGCCCUUGAGAUGCAAGAGAAGCUUCUCAAGAUAUUCUUGGAAAACAUGGAACAUGAAGACACUUUUGUAUAUCUAUCUGCAAUUCAGGGGGUUGCCCUGCUCUCAGAUGUCUAUCCUGAGAAAAUCUUGCCAGACCUGUUGGCUCAAUAUGACAGCAGCAAAGACAAGCACACACCAGAGACCAGAAUGAAAGUCGGGGAAGUCCUGAUGCGAAUCGUCAGGGCGUUAGGAGACAUGGUCUCAAAGUACCGAGAACCUUUGAUCCACACCUUCCUGAGGGGAGUGAGAGAUCCCGACGGUGCUCACAGGGCCAGCAGCUUGGCCAACCUUGGGGAGCUGUGCCAAAGGCUGGACUUUCUGCUGGGCUCCGUGGUCCAUGAGGUAACAGCUUGCCUGAUUGCUGUGGCCAAAACAGACAGUGAAGUUCAAGUACGCAGAGCUGCCAUACAUGUGGUUGUGCUGCUGCUUCGGGGACUCAGCCAGAAAGCUACUGAGGUGCUGAGCGCCGUCCUCAAGGAUCUCUACCACCUGCUGAAGCACGUGGUGCAUCUGGAGCCCGAUGACGUGGCCAAGCUCCAUGCCCAGUUGGCCCUAGAAGAGCUGGAUGACAUCAUGAAAAACUUCCUGUUCCCUGCACAGAAGCUGGAAAAGAAGAUUGUGGUCCUGCCAUAGACCUGGCUCCAAGGACAUGGAGGAGGCAGGCAGGGCCAGGCACCCAGAGCCAUGCCCAGGUCUUCUGGCAGGUGUCCCUGCUGCCUCUUGAGUGCUGGCAGCAUGGCUGACCCUGGGGGUGGCUUUAUGGUGCUGGUCACUUGGGUCUUCAGGGUCCCUUCCUAAGGCAUCUGUUUAGCACUCCCGCAUUCAGCCUGAAGGGUGUGCAGUUAAGAGAAAACAAUUAGCCGGGCGCGGUGGCUCACGCCUGUAAUCCCAGCACUUUGGGAGGCUGAGGCAGGCGGAUCAUGAUGUCAGGAGAUCAAGACCAUCCUGGCUAACACAAUGAAACCCCGUCUCUACUAAAAAUACAAAAAAGUUAGCCGGGCGUGGUGGUGGACGCCUGUAGUCCCAGCUACUCGGGAGGCUGAGGCAGGAGAAUGGUGUGAACCCGGGAGGCGGAGGUUGCAGUGAGCUGAGAUUGCGCCACUGCACUCCAGCCUGGGUGACAGAGCGAGACUCCGUCUCGGGAAAAAAAAAAAAAAAAAAAAAAAGGAAAACAAUUACAAAUCUCAUUAAUCUGCACAUUUUUCACUGUCCUCUAGCUUUGAGAGAAGGAUGUCUAGCUGGUGGAAGUAUAUUUUAACAUGACUGAUGGCAUUUGACUAAUUGUCCACUCUCUUGGAACUUGGGGAGAAGAGACUGGCCACCCAUAUGUCACCUAGCUCUAUAUUCUCCCACGCUGAGAUUCUUCUUCCUCAGGAAAAUGAGGAGCAGAGCUGGCCACCCUUGGCAGCUCAAGAAGCAUUUCAGAGUAGGAGAUGCAGUUGGAGGUGGGGAGGGGAAGGGAAUAGUUAUCAAAUAAUGCAAAAGGAAAUAAAAUGAUUUUGGAUGGAAAGAACAACAGGGCUAAAUAUGGUCCUCUGGUGUUGAGACGGAAAACUAUGGAGUUGAAGAGGCUCUGAUGCCCGGAAAGGACAAUCAAGCUGGUUGACUUUUCCAGAGAAAAAGGGUGAGCCCUGUGUUUGUCCUCCCAGGCCAUUUUUCUUCACUCCCUCUGCUGCUGUUUGCAGAGUUGCCCUUAUUAUCAGGAGAAAAGAACCACAAGCAUCCAGAGAGUUUACAUCCUGCCUUCUGUCCUCUGCUCCUUCAGAAAGAUGAAUGCCUAGACAAUGGGUUCACACUGAAUGCAGGCUGGAAAGAAUGCAUGCUGGUGGCCUGAUGCCAGGGCUGUUGAAACAAUUUCAGAUAUAGCACUGUGGUCUCCGCUUUAUUUCUUUAUGUAUUUUGGCCACUGCAUUUUGAUGGCAGCUAAAAGAGAUAACAGAAAGGAGAUACUGGCUGGCUGCUUCAGAUUAUACCUCCCCGUUGUCAACACCUUGAUGAGGCGAACCCAGAGCUGCUUGAUCAGUCCUCGGCUUUGCGGGGCUAGGUACAGAAUUUUAUCACAGGAUUUUAUCCCGCUCUCUGGGGUGACCAGACCCACAGGAACCAAAACGCCGUUUCCAAAAGCUCGAGUGACUGAAGGAUCUGUACACAAACAUGGCCAUUUGCUAGUUAACAACAGGAUAUUUCUCUCUGGCCAGAUCACAGACACGGUUCUGAGUUCAGAACUUCCUUGAUGGCGUCCCUUUAAAGAGGCCAUCUUAUGAACAGAAUCACAAGUGAGCUUAGUGAGCAGAGAAUUAGAACAAACCUAGCUAGGUGUGUUUAAGGAAUAUUUCCAUUCAGCUAUUGUAGCUGGAUUAAUUUCUAUUCUCCAAAUCGAGGAUGUCUAGAAAAUGGGCAUUGUGGCUUUCAAAUAUAAGAAGAAUCUCCUUUGGGCCAGCUGGAUAUACAAUAAAAAUGCUUGUUUCUUGGC